AUGGCCAAGCUCACAGCACGAGAAAACGACCUGCUAACCAUGGCCUGGCAAUGCUUCAAGACCGCCCCAGAGAUCGACUACCCAAAGCUGCAGCAAAUGGGCAACUACAGCACCACCGCCUCAGCCACGACUUGCUACCUCGCGACGAGGAAAAAGGUCUGCUCAUCACCCCCGGGGAAAUUGACGGAUGGUGAUCGGAAGAUGCUGCUCAUGGCGUGGCGCUGUUUCCGCUCGAAACAGCCGCAGGUGGACUACAUCAAACUCCAGCAGAUGGCAGGCUACAAGAACGUGGCGUCGGCCACGACGUGUUUCCUCGCCGCGAGGAAGAAGGCACUUGCCAGCGGUGAUGCGGGGGAGGGUAGCGAUCAGGGCAGCGGUGAGAAGAAGCGCAAACGCGCUGCUCCUUCUUCUGCUGACGAGGAUUCCGGCACCCCGAAUACAAAGCGCUGCAAGAAAGCCCAGGCAGCGAUCAAGGCAGAGGGUGAAGAUGAAGGCCUCCUCGCGCCCACUGAUAGCGUGGUCAAAGAGCAGUUGUCAGCUCACGUCAGACGCCAGGACUCAGCAGACGCAAAUCAGCCUAGCACUGUCAAGCAAGAGGACAAAGACAACGAGGGCGUCCACCAGCUCCUCGCCAGCGCCCAGCAGUUCCUCGACGACCACGAGAAGAAAUCAGCAUCGCCCCCCUCUCCAAACCACACGCUCACUCCCACCACCAAUCCACACAAGCUCGACCAGCAUCCAAACAACGAGCACGCGUCGCAAGCAGCCGCAGAAACAGCAGCCCGAAUCAAAGAGCAACGCCGCGAGUUCGCGGAGAUUGUCAACUUCGCGCGCCGAGAGCACGAAGGCGAUGGCGAUGACGAGGGCAUCUUCAAGACGCUCGAGCCGGAGGGUGAUUCUGAUGAUGAGGAGAUGUGA